GGCGCUUCCCGGAGCCCCGCGCGGAGGAGCAGCGCCGCCGCCAUGCUGCAGAAGCGGGACAAGGUGCUGCUGCUGAGGACCUUCCAGGGCCGGACGCUGCGCAUCGUGCGGGAGCAUUACCUGCGGCCCUGCGUGCCCUGCCACAGCCCGCUGUGCCCGCAGCCCGCCGCCUGCCGCCACGAUGGGAAAGUCUUGUCUGGAGAUGUGACUCAUUACGUCAUUCCAGAUUGGAAGGUUGUUCAAGAUUACCUUGAGAUCCUUGAGUUUCCUGAGUUGAAAGGAAUUAUUUUCAUGCAAACAGCUUGCCAAGCAGUGCAGCAUCAAAGAGGCCGGAGACAGUAUAACAAGUUGCGGAACCUCCUGAAGGACGCUCGUCACGACUGCAUCCUCUUUGCUAACGAGUUCCAGCAGUCCUGCUACCUGCCGCGGGAAAGAGGAGAAUCCGUGGAAAAGUGGCAGACCAGGAGCAUUUACAACGCGGCUGUUUGGUACUAUCACCACUGCCAGGACAGGAUGCCGAUCGUUAUGGUGACAGAAGAUGAAGAGGCAAUUCAGCAGUACGGAAGUGAAACGGAGGGAGUGUUUGUGAUUUCUUUCAAGGGGAAGGAGUACCCAGAGCAUCUUCCCCUGGAGGUGCUAGAGGCUGGGAUUAAGUCUGGACGCUACAUCCAGGGAAUUCUGAACGUCAACAAACACAGAGCACAAAUAGAAGCUUUUGUUCGACUUCAAGGAGCAAGCAGUAAAGAUUCAGAUUUAGUCAGUGACAUCCUAAUCCACGGGAUGAAGGCUCGAAACCGCUCGAUUCACGGAGACGUGGUGGUCGUGGAACUGCUCCCUAAAAACGAAUGGAGAGGAAGAACCACGGCCCUGUGUGAGAACGACAGUGAUGACAAGGCGUCGGGGGAGUGCCCAAGUGAGCCCAUGCCCACAGGCCGAGUAGUGGGCAUCCUCCAGAAGAACUGGCGGGAUUAUGUGGUGACAUUUCCAUCCAAAGAAGAGGUCCAAUCUCAAGGCAAAAAUGCUCAGAAAAUUCUAGUUACUCCCUGGGACUACCGAAUUCCCAAAAUUCGAAUUAGCACUCAGCAAGCAGAAGCCCUCCAGGAUUUCAGGGUGGUUGUGCGCAUCGAUUCUUGGGAGUCAACGUCCGUGUAUCCAAAUGGACAUUUUGUGCGUGUUUUAGGAAAAAUCGGAGAUCUGGAAGGGGAGAUUGCAACCAUCCUGGUGGAAAACAGUAUUUCAGUCGUCCCUUUCUCAGAAGCUCAGAUGUGCGAGAUGCCAGUGAACACACCAGAAAAUCCCUGGAAGGUGAGUCCCGAAGAGGAACGAGAACGCAAAGACUUGAGGAAUACCCAUCUUGUGUUCAGCAUUGACCCCCAAGGUUGUGAAGAUGUGGAUGACACACUCUCAGUGAGAACCUUGAAUAACGGCAACCUGGAGCUUGGGGUCCACAUUGCGGAUGUGACACACUUUGUGGCUCUAAAUUCUUACAUUGACACUGAAGCUAGAACAAGGGCCACCACUUACUAUCUAGCAGAUCGCCGCUACGACAUGCUGCCCUCCGUCCUCAGCGCUGAUUUGUGUUCCCUCCUGGGAGGCGUUGAUAGGUAUGCUGUAAGUGUCAUGUGGGAAUUGGAUAAAACCUCUUACGAAAUUAAGAAAGUUUGGUAUGGCAGAACCAUUAUUCGAUCAGCAUACAAACUGUUCUAUGAAGCGGCCCAGGAACUACUGGAUGGAAACUUCAGCGUUGUUGACGAUAUUCCAGAAUUCAAAGACUUGGAUGAAAAGAGCAGACAAGACAAGCUGGAGGAGUUAGUGUGGGCAAUUGGAAAGCUGACUGACAUAGCUCGCCACGUCCGAGCUAAGCGAGACUGUUGUGGUGCUUUGGAACUGGAAGGGGUAGAGGUUCGCGUACAGCUGGAUGAAAAGAAGAACAUUCAUGACCUCAUCCCCAAGCAGCCCCUGGAAGUCCAUGAGACGGUGGCUGAAUGCAUGAUCCUGGCCAACCACUGGGUAGCCAAGAAGAUCUGGGAGAGCUUCCCUCAUCAGGCCUUGUUGCGCCAACACCCUCCUCCACACCAGGAGUUCUUUUCCGAACUCCGGGAAUGUGCCAAAGCAAAAGGCUUCUUCAUAGAUACACGGUCCAAUAAAACCCUGGCUGAUUCUCUGGAUAAUGCGAAUGACCCCAAUGAUCCUAUUGUAAACAGGCUGCUGCGCUCUAUGGCGACGCAGGCUAUGUCUAACGCACUGUAUUUCUCCACUGGAUCCUGCGCCGAGGAAGAGUUCCAUCAUUAUGGUCUUGCUUUAGAUAAAUAUACCCACUUUACUUCUCCAAUAAGAAGAUAUUCAGAUAUUGUAGUGCACCGAUUGUUAAUGGCAGCCAUUUCAAAAGAUAAAAAAAUGGAAAUUAAGGAAAAUUUGUUGAGUAACAAAGAUCUUGAGGAAUUAUGCAGACAUAUCAACAACAGAAACCGAGCAGCACAGCAUUCUCAGAAGCAGUCUACUGAGCUCUUCCAGUGCAUGUACUUUAAAGACAAAGACCCUGAAACUGAUGAGCGUUGCAUAUCUGAUGGAGUUAUUUAUUCAGUCAGAACGAAUGGUGUACUUGUAUUUAUACCAAGGUUUGGGAUUAAAGGUGCUGCUUAUCUAAAAAAUAAAGAUGGUUUAGUAAUCUCAUGUGGCCCAGACAGCCAUUGUGAAUGGAAACCAGGAUCCCUUCAACGAUUUCAAAACAAAAUUACCUCUACAACAACAGGAGGGGAAUCUGUUACGUUCCAUUUGUUUGACCACGUAACAGUAAGAAUAUUUGUACAGGCCUCACGCUGCCAUUCUGAUACAAUCAGACUUGAAAUAGUAAGUAACAAACCAUACAUGAUACCAAAUACAGAACUUUUUCAUCAGAAUUCUCUCUUGCUCAAGAACGAAUUAGUGAAAGAAGUAACUAGAUCUGUGGAAGAAGCUCAGCUUGCCCAAGAAGUCAAAGUAAACCUCAUUCAGGAAGAGUAUCAAGAAUAUUGUCAAACAAAGGGAAGAAGCCUAUACACACUUCUAGAGGAGAUAAGGGACCUAGCUCUCCUGGAUGUUUCAAACAAUUGUGGAAUAUGAAAUACUCUUACUUCAUUAAAAGAGCUUUUUCUUACGUGAAUGUUUUACCAUGUUUUCAGACUUCAAUUUUGUGUGACACUCAGUGCUCUAGCCCAUCAGGACUGGGUA